ACGUUUGCUGCUCACGGCUGUGUGUCUCCGAUUGACCGCCUCAUCCUUCAUCCAGAUCGCCCUCCCUCCACUCGGCUCAGUCCCGCGUGUCUCCUCUCCUCUCCUCUCCCGACCCGCAGUCGUGUCCCUCUUUUUACUCCCUCAAAUCAGCCCGCCGUCUCUCAGCUUCCAGCCGGUCCCCGGCUGCAGGCGCAUCCCGCUGCGCGCAGCAGAGCGCACGGUCUCCAGCUCCGCGCCGCGCCGCGCGCGCGCGCGCUCCGGAUUCCCCCCCCAACCCUCGGACAAGCGGCUCUUAACUUUACGACUCUUCAUGUUGUGAAGGUUGUUAAGGAAAACAUCAGGGGCAAGGACGAGUCUUGCCCCCCCCCCCCCCUACACACGCACACACACACACACACACACACAGCCCUCGAGCAGCUCAUUUGGCAACGUGGAAGGGCAGCAGAAGCUUGAGAUUCGACCGGACGCCUGCUGCACCGCACGGAUUCGUCUCCACCGGCUGCCACCCACCCCUACGUGUUGUCACCUGCUUUUUUUUUUGACUUUGAGCUCCGGUGAGUCGCGCUCCGCUUCACCUGCCUCCGGGAAAGAAAGAAAAGAUAAAAAACUUUCGGUCCGCGGAUCAAUUUCCUUCUCGACAGGAUGGGAUCGCGGCCCGGGACCGCUCCGUACGGACAGACGCUCCUGUGGCUCAUCGUGGCGGCGUCACAGUGUGUGUCAGCGCUGGGAUGCGAGCCCCACUACGAGAACGCCAUCGAGAAGUACUGCCUGGCCAAGUUCAGGCUGGACAUGCAGGAGCUGGAUCAGAGACACUGGUGCAGCUGGGAGGACACAGUCGAGCUGUACGGUGACCUGACGAACUGCACGUACCUGGUGGCGCUGAAGCUGGAGUGCUUCUGGCCGAACCGGCUGGUGGACGAGUUCUUCAUCCGAGUGCACCAGCACUACUUCCACGACUGCUCGCUCUCCGGGCGGCUGCUCAGGGACCCGCCGAACCGCAUCCUGGGCCCCUUCAUUGCCGUGCCCGUCCUGGUCACCCUCCUCAUGACGGCCCUGGUGGUGUGGAGGAGCAAACGCAGUGAGGGGAUCAUGUAGUGAACCGAACAUUGUGGGGGGGGGGGGGGGAUUCAAAAGACUGGAAACAAGAGGUACUUCUUUUGUCCCGAAAAGUUGCACCGUUCCCACCUUCAGUGACCAAAGGAUGUGGUGAUGUUUGGGGAACGGGCAUCAGUAGGACCCGAAACACUCUAUCAGGGACUUGGAGUUGUAGCUAAAUGAGAUCAAAAUGUAAAAUCAGAUGCGACUUUGUUGCUUCAAUGCAUCCAUAUGAAGCGUCCGCUGCUCGAAAACAUUUCAAAGAGGAGCUGAACUGCUCACCAGAAUCUAAUGUGGACCAGAACAGUGACAGUGAUUAUAUAUACAUAUAAGACUUUAUUGAUAGAAACUGCUUCAGAGAAUUUUGGAUGUGAUGUUAAAUCUACCACAGACCAGAAUUGAAUAAUCCGUUUUUUCGCUAACAGCUCCACAGGAACAAGAUGCAGAACUUUCCCAGGAUGUCUUUUUUGCACUGCGACAAGGACACAACAGGACAAUUACUCUGACCUCUUUUAGGGAACCCAGGGACAUCAGAUUGUGUAUAUAUAUACAUAUAUAUAUAUAUAUAUAUAUAUAUAUACACACACACUGUAAAUAUACACCAUAUGUACGAUAUGAGAUGGAUUGUCAGAAUUGUCUUUGUAACAGAAUAAAGACAACAAGCCACAGUACACUUAAUUCCUUUCUCCCAUAAGAACAUGUUUGUGUUUCUGUGUGAUGUAUAGACACGUAUAUCUUAUUUGAAUCAUACUCAUAUAUAUAUAUUAUAUGAUCAUGCGGAUUCAGUGGGAACAGGAUUCUUUUGGGUUUUUUUUUUCAUUUCUUCCGCUCAUAUCAGACACCCUGGCCUCUUCUCUGCAGGCAUACCUGCAGCUCAGUCUCUCCCCCUGAGUGAAACAUAAGAUAGGUUUCCAUGGCACGAUGCACACUGAACCAGCUGGACAAAAGGCAGAAGAUAGCAAAUGUCACUUACCGACGAUUUGGCAGAUGCACUGUGCAGGAGACGAGACACGCGAAGGAACAGGAGAACCGUGCAGGGGUCCAGGCCCCAAUUUGGGCCGGCUGCUUCCAUCUCUCCCAUCACCAAGGAAACAAAUUGGUAAAUCGAUCGCAAUUAUGGAGCGCUUUUCUAGUCUUAUUGGCCCCUCAGAGCGCUUUACAGUCCAAAUCCCAUUCACCCAUUCACACACACAUUCAUGCAAGGCUUCUAUUGACAGCGCUUGUUGCAUCAUUUAUCAUCCUGACACCGCCGGUACGGCCGUUAGGGGGCAAUUUAGGGUUUCAAGGCUUCGGCAGGACUGGAGGACCCGGGGAUCGACCCGCCGGUCUUCGGGUUGGUGGACCAUCCGCUCUGUCUCCUGAGCCACAGUCGCCCAAUUACACAGCCAGAAGCUUUGGGGACUGCAGACAGUUAAUCAACCAUUAGCUCCUCUGUCAUCGACGUUGUCCCACUGUCCCUAAAAUUACCGUAUUGAUUUUUUUCCGCAUCCAGCUGAGUAAGUUAUGAAAACAUUUUUGAAAGACUGCACAAACGGCGAGAAACUCUCAGUGGGAAAAAGUCCAUUUUGAACUAAAGAAAGAACAGAGAAGCACAGAUUAAGUCAGCCAACGCACACCGCUGCUGGAUGCUACCAUAGCCUGAAGCACAGUUUGUGCAUCACAGACCUGAGGUUUUUUUUCAUUGAUUUAUGAUCUCCAUGUGGGGUAAAGUGUGCUGCGUGAACUGAUUCCUCAUUGAUAUUUUUGAAUGCUCUCCUUCCUUUAUAGAUUCAUUGACCUGUGAACCCGCCUGUCAGCAAGACACGCUUUUUAAAACGCACCCACACCUCCCACCAUAGCAUCAUCAUACUUUGUGCUCUGUGCCAAAAGCUCUUUGAAAAUUGAGGGCAACGUUUGCUAUGAAAUGUCAACUUUUUCUCCUUUUUUUUGCCUUUUUUCUUUUUGUGGCGUGACUUCUAAUAAUAUAAUUUCAAGAUCUAUGAUCAUGAAGAAAAGUUCAAUAAACUGUCUUAUUAUUAUGUCUGA